AGAAGCGAACCCCGGAAGUGAGGUCAUGGAAUGAGCACACCUUGAGUCAUCUGGGAAAAGAGCCGGAGCAGCUCGCCUGGCGGUCAGUCAGUUCAGUUCAGGUGUCUCAGGAGAGAGAGUGUCAGGCUGUCACGCUGGGGGAGGAAUCCGGGGGCCGCAUGGAGAAGGAGGGUGGCUCCCCGUGGGCCAUGGGGCUGCUGAAAACCUUUGACUCCAGCGAGUUCGUCAGCUGGGAGAAAAUCGGCUCCGGCGGCUUCGGGCAGGUUUACAAAGUCCGCCACGUCCACUGGAAGACGUGGCUCGCCAUCAAGUGUUCGCCCAGCCUGCAUGUGGACGAGAAGGAGCGUAUGGAACUGUUAGAAGAAGCCAAGAAAAUGGAAAUGGCAAAGUUUCGCUACAUCCUUCCAGUCUAUGGUAUUUGUAAAGAGCCUGUGGGCUUGGUCAUGGAAUACAUGGAGACAGGAUCAUUGGAAAAGCUCCUGGCUACAGAACCGCUGCCCUGGGAGCUACGCUUCCGAAUCAUCCAUGAGACAGCUGUGGGCAUGAACUUCCUUCAUUGCAUGUCUCCACCUCUGCUCCACCUGGAUCUUAAGCCAGCGAACAUACUGCUUGAUGCCCAUUAUCAUGUCAAGAUUUCAGAUUUUGGAUUAGCCAAGUGCAAUGGUCUUUCUCAUUCUCAUGAUCUCAGCAUGGAUGGACUUUGUGGCACUAUUGCAUACCUGCCCCCAGAACGCAUUAAAGAGAAGACCCGGUAUUUUGAUACCAAACAUGAUGUCUACAGCUUUUCCAUUGUUAUCUGGGGAGUUCUGACACAGAAAAAGCCCUUUUCAGAAGAGAAUAAUAUUCUACAUAUUAUGGUGAAAGUAGUUAAUGGCCACCGCCCAGAAUUACCAGCUGUCCCCAAAUCCAGACCUCGUGCAUGUAACAGCUUGAUCAAACUGAUGCAAAAGUGCUGGCAAGAUGAUCCUAGCAAAAGGCCAACAUUUCAAGAAAUUACCUCUGAAACAGAAGACCUCUGUGAAAAACCAGAGAUUGAAAAUAAGGAAAUGAUAGUUCAGGAAGACAUCAAGAAUACUCAGACUUACCCAAAGGAGAUGCCUGGGUUAUCCCAGCUAAAGCAAGAGUCUGAUCCCGCAUCAGCUAAGGAUUACAGCCUCUCAGAGUUGUUGUCCCAACUUGAUUCGGGAAUUUCACAGACAGAAGAGCCUGAAGAACUCACUCGUAGUGCUUCUGAAUCUAGGCUUGCUUCCAGUGACAAGAGGCUUUCAGGAGUGUCCUCGGUAGACUCUGCCUUUUCUUCACGAGGUUCCCUAUCAUUGUCGUUUGAGAGAGAAAAUUCUGAAAGUGAUAUUGGUACAACAGAUAUCCAGAAAAGAAAGCUGACUGAGGCGAUCACUUCUGGAGACACUAGCAAACUGAUGAAGAUCCUUCAGCCUCAAGAUGUUGACCUUGUUUUGGAUGGGAGCUAUAGCCUCCUGCAUUUGGCUGUUGAAUCAGGCCAAGAAGAAUGUGUCAAGUGGCUCCUUCUGUACAACGCCAACCCCAAUCUGACCAACAAGAGAGGCUCUACACCCCUCCACAUGGCUAUAGAGAAAAAAAAUAAAAGCAUUGUUGAGCUGCUCCUGGCAAGAAAAAUUAAUGUGAAUGCUAAAGAUGAGGACCAGUGGACUGCCCUUCACUUUGCUGCCCAGAAUGGGGAUGAGCUGAGCACAAGGCUGCUGCUGGAAAAGAAUGCCUUGAUGAAUGAAGUCGAUUUUGAAGGAAGAGCUCCCAUUCAUGUUGCCUGCCAGCACGGCCAAGAGAACAUUGUACGCAUCUUUCUGAGGAGAGGGGUUAAUGCAGAUAUCAAAGGGAAGGGUAACUGGGUGCCUUUGCAUUAUGCUGCCUGGCAAGGUCACCUGUCCAUAGUGAAGCUUCUUGCCAAGCAGUCGGGGGUCAAUGUGAAUGCACAGACAGUGGAAGGAAGAACCCCUUUGCAUCUGGCUGCCCAGAGAGGGCAUUACAGAGUUGCUCGUACGCUUGUAGAGCUGCAGUCAGAUGUCAAUGUAAGGAAUGCCUUUCUUUACACCGCUCUGCAUGUCGCCGCUGAAACCGGCCACACCAGCACUUCGAGGCUGCUUCUCAACCGUGGCGCAGAGGUAGAGGCAGCAACAGCCAACGGCUGUACUGCGCUGCACCUGGCCGCUCGCCAUGGCCACUUAUCAACUACCAAGUUGUUGAUUGAAGAAGGUGCCAAUGUCCUGGCCAGGGGCCCUUCAAACAGGACAGCGCUGCACCUUGCUGCUGAAAAUGGAUAUGAUGAAGUAGUAGAGGAACUUGUCAGUCUAGAGAAUGUAAAUGAUCCAGAUGAGGAAGGCUUGAUGCCUCUACAUCUGGCUGCAAAAGGUGGCCACGUGCGCACGGUUGAGGUUCUGUUAAAGCACAGCGCUCUUGCUGAUGCGGAAAGCCUUGCAUUUCAUACCCCGCUGCAACUGGCUAAACAAAAUGGAAACAGCACUGUUGUUAUGCUACUCAGCGAGACAUAAGUGAACAGGCAGUGCUUGUCUAUGUCUUUUAUCUUUCCAUAGAGAAUGUGGAAGCCUAGCAACCAGGGGUUUUCCUCUGUCUGCUACUCUGGCAUGUGUAUGAGUCUGCUUCAAGUUACAGGCGAGUCUGAAUUCCACCCUGGCAGAAGCUGCUUUGUUGAUGUAGCAAUGCACUCUAAUGAACUGAGUGAGCGUGGGAGCAGGAGCCACAAAAUCCUGAGCACAGAGUCUGACACUUUCCUGUGAGGUGGUGUUGAGCAAGCUGUAUGUAAAGACAUUGUGUUCUUUCCCUGGGACUUCAGCAAUGGGGGAGCUGACUUGCCCUGGAGAUGGUGUUGAGGAGUAACUUGCAUUAGAUAGGGUUAAGUGGACACUUGUCUCUUUCAGUGUAGAGUCAAUAUCUUAAUAUUUCAAUCCUUUUUUACAUUCAGACAAAUGAUGGGAAAGGCAUCCUAGAAUGUCAUGCUAGAAUAUUUUUGAAAUUGAUUUUUUCCCUUGCAUCCUUCCACAAUGUGCACAAAGUAUGAGCAUUUGCCUUGUUGGAAGAAAAGUUCUUUAGGGGUUAUUGUCUUUUAAGCCAUAUGGAUAGCAAUCAAAAUCUGUUUCAUAAUGCACAAGAGAUUUGUGAAAAAGAAUGUAAGAAAUGCCUAUUUCAAAGCCACACAUUUCUGUGUUCUCAAAUGGUUGAUCUUUCCAAGAUCAUUACAGUCAGCUAGUACUUGCAAUUAGCACUGUGAGCAUCCAAAUGUUAACUGCAGGGAGAAUUGCAUAGAAAUUCAUUCCUGAGAUACUAUACUAGCUAUGUGUGCAUACAUACAAUGUAUAUGCAUGAUAUUGUAACUGUAAGUGUGUGAAUGAAGCAAAGUGAAAAGGUGUGUGCAUGUGCAUAUAUGUUGAAGCUGGAAAAUCAACUAAUAAGAAUACAAAAGGUAGAUAAAAUCUAACCAUCUAUAAAUUUCUUAAAGAACAUUUUUUAAAUGGUGUAGAUUACUGAACCACAUGUAUAGUACUGCAGUGUCUUCUGAAAGAACUUACUGUGUUUGGUAGACUAAUAUAAAGAUAUACUGUGUAUAUAGUAUUUCAGUCCAUUGUACAUCUCUUUUCUACUAUAGAAAAUUGUGACUCUUCAGAUCUGGGUAUGUUUUAAUACACCUUUCAUAAAGUUCAUAUAUUUUCAAAUGUU